AUGAGGCCUCUUACUGAACAAGAAACCCGAACUCUCUUCGAGAAGCUCGCCCAAUACAUCGGCCGCAACAUCACCCACCUCAUCGACCGCCCCGAUGACCCCCACUGCUUCCGUCUUCAGAAAGACCGCGUUUACUACGUCUCCGACCGCGUCAUGAAACUCGCCACCUCCAUCGCCCGCGACAACCUCAUCUCCCUCGGCACCUGUUUCGGCAAAUUCACUAAAACUGGAAAGUUCCGUCUCCACAUCACCGCCCUCGAGUACUUGGCGCAAUUUGCGACGAGCAAGAUUUGGGUGAAGCAGAAUGGAGAGAUGCCGUUUUUGUACGGUAACAAUGUUGUGAAGGCGCAUAUCGGGAGGAUUAGUGAGGAUACGCCUGAGCAUACUGGUGUUGUUGUGUAUUCUAUGAAUGAUAUCCCAUUGGGAUUCGGUGUUACGGCGAGAUCUACUGCGGAUUCGCGUAAGCUGGAGCCGACCGCGAUGGCUGCUUUCCACCAGGCAGAUUGUGGAGAGUUCUUGCGUAACGAGGAGGAGUUGUUCUAG